AUCUAUAUAACAGCUCAGCUACGUACCCCUUCAUCUAUCAACUGCAUUCAUUCAUUCAUUUACAAAACAAAAUAAACAAGACAGUUAGAGAGAAGAUGUCUCUAGUGACAGACGCGAUCAGAGCGGCGGCGUCGGAGAUGUACCACGGCGACGAAAUCUGCAGGGAGAAAUCGAAGCAGCUGCUGACGGAGAUGGGGCUGCCCAACGGGCUUCUGCCGCUCAAGGACAUCGUGGAAGUCGGGUACGUGAAGGAGACUGGCUUCGUGUGGCUGAUUCAGAAGAACAAGUGCGAGCACCGCUUCGAGAAGAUCGGGAAGCCAGUCCAGUACGCCAUGGAGGUCACCGCCUACAUCGAGCCCAACCGGAUCACCAAGCUCACCGGCGUCAAGGCCAAGGAGCUCCUGCUCUGGGUCAUGCUUAGGGAGAUCUACGUCGACGUUCCUCCCACCGGCAAGAUCACCUUCAAGACCCCCACUGGCCUCUUCCGCACUUAUCCCGUCGACGCCUUCCAGCUUCAAGACGACGACAACAACCACAACAACAAGAACGAGAACGAGAUCGAGAAGAAGCCCGCGAUUAAUGGACUCAAGGAGGAGCCCAAACCGGCCGUGGAAAUCAAGGAGGUUUGAAUCUGAUUAGUGUCACAACUCAAAAUAUAUUGUGACUUGUGCUAAUUAAUAUGUAUGUUAAAAUAUUACUUUUAUAUAACAUGAAUUCUCAAUUUUCAUAUU